GCCCUUUUGAGUGACUUUGUCGGGCUGCUCACUAUGGUCAACGACGAUGAAAGGCGUCGAGCACUCAGAGCUCAUUAACUGGGAUGGCCCUCUACCAUCCAGUUCCUAUCGUCUUCAGUCGACCAAAGACGUACCUUCGACAUCGUUCUUCAAGUCUACAACGAGCAGCGCGAUUUCUACCCCUGCAUCAUAUUCUUCUAGUACAUCAUCACAAUGCGCUAAUGAUUCUGGAGAAGAUUCGGAUUGCUAUAUAAUUGAUGCGCCGUCUUCAGUAGACGGUUUAUUUGACGAAAACUGCGGUUCUACGCGUACUCCAAUAAAGCAUUCGUCAUCGAUUGAAAGACUUUCAGCCGCGCAUAUGCCUGAACUCUUUCAGCCAUCUAAUCUCGACGCGCUAUUUCCAUUCCAGCAUACUCACGACACCUCGGCUGCCGAUGAAGUUUUGACACAACCAGAAUCAUAUCUUUCUUCCUCACAGCAUAGCAUCCGGAGCGUGCCAACUUCAUUCUAUGCCGCGGAGCCCAACUUAUUCGACAUGUCUAUACCCCCUCUCUUAACUCAUCACGACGUGAUUGAGUUGUCUGAUGACGAAGACGAUUCCGGACAUGAUAGUAUCAAGAGUGUUAGCGAUCCUGACAAUGAAGACGAGGAGAUGGCUGUAGAUGAUAUGCUUACUGAACCUUUUUCCGUGCGCGAUUCAUCACCUUCACCCGAAAUGGGCGACUCUCUAUUCACACCUCCUCCAUCUUCCCGUAAGCCUCGCAGACGCAUCGUCUUCGACUGCAUCACCAAGGCUGAUUACAGGGCAUCGAACACGUCCACCGGCGUGCCUCAGCAGGGUGUAGAGCACCCGUCAGUCGGCCACGCCUUGGCCGCUGCAUCCGCUCAAAAUGACCGUCUUAUGGGAAAGGGGUCUCCUGCACGUCAUAAAAGGAAGUACAGGCCUCGUUCCUGGAAGUUCGGAGAAGACAUUUCUACGCUACCAACCCAAAUCCUGGACGCCCAAUAUCCCGCCCUCGAGCUUGACAUCCACGAGCUGCCAGAUUUUCUACCACAUCACAACACUAUCCUGCGGUCGAAUACCCACUACAUCUACGUCAAACGCGUUCAGCGCCUUUACGCACAACUGCACGAAGGUUUGCCAGAGAUGAUUGCGGAGAUGAAAGGUCUUGCAGCCCCGGACGAUGAGAAAGACGAGAAAGAAGACGGACCCGUCUUUCCUCGUGUCCUCGCACCACUGUUUGAGGAGAGGCCGGAUAUCGAAGCGGCCCUAACACCAUACUUUGGACGCGCGGCUCCCAAAGGUUCCUCUCGCAAAGGUAAAAUUAAGAGUAAUUUAGAGCCACAAAACGCCCCAUCUUCAUCCAAGCCUAAAUUGGGAUUCACUGGCACCGACCUUCAAAUACAGGAUCCUUCAUCCUCUAACGUCCUUGACGACAUCUCACACUAUACCGCACUGGAAGAGGAUCAAAUACUGGAUUUCAGCGCGGAGAUGGAUCAGUAUUUGAAUGACCUCAGCGAUUCUCCUGCAAAGACAUAUCUCCCAGGCAUUGAGCACACUCGGUCUGCACCAAGUUCUUUCAUUGGUUUCUUGCACAAUACAACACGGCUGCCUCCUGACGCAGCGUCGGUCACGCGAGAAAAUGGAGAGGACAGUUUCUUUGGGGUACCUCCUAGCCCGAGGUUGGCAUCCGAGUCUCCUUCACUACAUCUCACGGACGCAUACGCUACCAAUUCCUCACAUAGCCUGGACGGUAGCUUCGAUCUUGUGCUCCCUGAGGAUGGCCAGUGGUCUCUAUCGCCUACUAUCGAGAGAAAGAGCAUAUCCACCGAUAGUCUUUCUCCUUCAGACAGCGCGGGUACGAUUGAUCCCUCGCUACUUGGUGGAAGUGAACCGCCUCUCCCGUCAACAGGCGCUCGAAGCUCGAAGCCACUGCCAUCAGGCCCCAUCAUAUAUGUACGCAGACCUCCAGGGGUGUCCGCAUCGCAGGAAGCCCCAGCGCUGUCGGACAAAACGCCUGGCAAGUCACGAAGAAACGUCCAGAUCAAAUACCGCACCAGUAAAUCGGCCUCUGUCACUGAUGAAGGCGACGAGACUAGUUCAGCGAGAAAGAUGGACGAUGGGGAGGUUAAGGAUGAUGGGGGUUGGACUGCUGAAACUGUUUCUGCUCCACCUGUACCACCCGGGGCGCGGCCAAGUCUCAAGAUACGGAUUCGUCGACCAGACAUCCGUGCAAGCUCCGAUGGGUCGUUUGUACCGUCGAAAGCUUCGAGUUCGGCUUCUUCUCCUGUAUUUGCGACACCAUUUCCAGAAACGAAACUGUCCAAGGUCCAUGCACCACCACCUCCAGCUCAAACCACGCCACAGGACGAUGGCGAGCCUGAAGUUGUCAGUACUUUUUGUCACCAAUGCCGAAGUACGCAAACCAGACCCAAGAUGCAAUGUUCCAAACGCCGUCCAGACCAGCAAAUCUGCGGGAAACGGUUCUGCAACCGAUGUAUCCUGAACCGGUACCCUGAGACAGUAUUUGCCCCCAAUAACAAGAAGUUCGUCUGUCCGGUCUGCCUUAAUACCUGUAACUGCUCCAUAUGCGCGCGGAGACGCGGGGAGGAGUAUAUUUCCGCACGUGGAGGCGGAUUUGCGGGGUCUCGCACCAAGUCAGGCAUUUUGCUUGUGCCUGAUGAUUCCUGUGUCCCGAACGGCUCAGUGACACCAGAGCCUUCCGAAAGUGCGCCACAGACAACAACGUUCUGGGCUCAUGUCUAUGGGCUUGAAGGCGAGCGCGUCGGCCGUGCGUUUAUCGACGGCGCUAGCGCCUCUGCCCCCGUCCGACCCACACAACCCGCUAAACAGCGCGCCCAAAAGAAACAGAAAGUAAAAACGAAGCUGAAGAAGAAACCGAGAGUAUUCAUCGGAACGCCGUUACGCGAGUGGAAUAUCCGCACGAUUCAAGACCUCGAACCCAGCGCUGUGAUUCCGCCCCUCAUCUCAGAAGCGAAUGUAGGGAAAGGCAAGGGUAAAGCUGUCGAACGACCGCGUGUUUAUAUCGGUGAUGCAAGGUGGUUGUAUGUGCCAUAUACACGCAUGCCUGUGUCACCGAUCUCUUCGCGGGCGUCGUCGCCGGACUCGGAAUUGGACCUGGACUCGGAUGGGACGUUGACGCCUUUGGAGGAUUUGGAGGGGAUGGGGUGGCCGCAGCCUGACGUGGGGGAGUCUGUGACUGUGACGUGGGGGUCGGCGCGUGCGCAGGAACGGAGUGCGUCUAGUUCAUUGUCGCCGGAUGAUUUGGUCAAGGCUAUUGGGGUUGCCUUGGCGGCGACGCGUGAGGACAUGGGGGAGUGA